AUGGAGGAAGAGGACCAAGUCCUGGUUUCAUCAACUUGGCCGCCGCCGCCUCCCUUCUGGCGCGACUUUACCCCCGAGAACCUUGCACGUAUUGACGAGCUACGCAAGAGAGAAGCAGAAAAAGAGGGACUUGACGAUGCCUCGAAAGUGCGCCUUCAGGGCUUACCUCGCGAGCUACGUAAUCUACAGCCACCACUAGAACCCACGGAUGGGGUAUGGAGAGUCUUUGGAGAUACCUAUAAAUUAAAGGAUGAGCUUCCCCGACUUGAGGAUACGGACAUUAAGCCGCUAUUUCCGAAUCCAGAUGAGAGGGAUCAAGAUGGCAAACACUUUGAUCGUGCACUGAUCCUCAAGAGAUUGGCCAAAUCAUUACUACUAAACUUCCUGGAACUUACGGGAUUGCUAGCUAUCAAUCCUGAAGCUGCCGAAGAGAAGACCCAAGACAUGCGCCACCUGUUUCUCAACUUUCACCAUCUUAUCAACGAAUACCGACCCCACCAAGCCCGCGAGUCGCUGAUCUCUAUGAUGCAGGCGCAGUUGGACCGUACGCGAGCCGAGACGAACGCGAUCCGGGACGCUAAGGAUAAGGCUGAACGUAUCAUGGAAGGCCUGGGGAGUUUAAAGAUCGAAUAUGAACUUGUCGACAAGUUAACAACGUCUAAAAAGACGGAAUCAUGGAACUACCAAAGAGAGACGUGGGCGUCAGUCGCCAGAGAUCUCUAG